UUUUUUUCAGUCACAGGAUCAUUUUACUGAUCGCUCUUUCGUUCAGGGACAUUGCAGGGGUGUUCAGCAUUGAAAACAUCCAGAUUUGCCGCUUUCUCUUAAUUGUCCAGCAGGUUGACCUCUCUUUGAGCAUUGCAGAGCAUACUAAUCCUAAUACGAGGACUUUUGGUCUACACUUUGCACCCUAUUGGAACAUCUUACUUGCUUCCAGACGAGCCUCACAACAUGGCACCUCACGCCGAGGUCACCGCCGCCACGGACACCUCAUCCUUUGUGAUAAACGACUCAAAAUCCAAAACAGCAGCUCAUCCCAUAUUCACCAUCGACCAUGUGCUGCCACAUCGACAGGCAUCAAAGCCGCCACCAGCAACAGUGGCUGCAUUCUCAAGUGCAGACAUGUUCAAAAGCAAAGGAUGCUUCAGCAAACCCACCGCCAAGAGUUUCACCCAUCGACUGACCGAGGAGAGUAAAUCGAGGAAGCCUUCGAGUCUGAAGGGUGCGAUGAAAUACUACAAGCCCGGCACCAUCAGUCUUUGCGGUGGACUUCCGUCGAGCGACUACUUUCCAUUCGAAGAGCUCUCCGCCAAGGUUCCUAUUCCCACCGAGUUCACAGAGGCCGAGACAGCAGUGUCGGGCAAGACUUAUUCUUCUGGCAAGUAUGACGCCACGCGAGACGGAAAGUCUUCGUUAGACCUGUCCAUCGCCCUCAACUACGGCCAAUCUAUGGGGCCGGGAGCACUCAUGCGAUACCUCACCGAACACACCGAGAUCGUACACAACCCACCGUACUCAGAUUGGGACAUUUGCAUGACUUCUGGGAGCACUUCAGCCCUGGACAUUGCGUUGCGCAUGUUUACUGAGCGAGGACACUACGUCAUCACCGAGGAAUACACCUUCAGCAGUGCCAUCGAGACUGUUGCACCACUGGGCGCGAAGAUGUUGGGCAUCAAGAUGGACGCGGAUGGAAUGUUGCCUGAUGAACUUGACAAUGCCCUGUCGAAUUGGGACGAGAAGGCCCGGCGAGCACCAAAGCCCUUCCUCGUGUAUACCGUGCCGACGGGCCAAAAUCCGACGGCCAGCACACAAUCUCUACAGCGGAGGAGGGACAUCUACAGAGUCGCCGAGAAACACGAUCUGUUCAUCCUCGAAGACGAGCCAUACUAUUUCCUGCAGAUGGAACCGUUCGUGUCGGGACAAACACACACCGUCUCAUCGCCUUUCAAGCCAGCUCCCAUCAAAGAGUUUCUGAGCCAUCUUGUUCCGUCGUACUUGUCGAUCGACACGUCAGGACGUGUGCUGAGAAUGGACUCGUUCUCCAAAAUCAUUGCGCCAGGCAGUCGAGCAGGAUGGGUGACUGGUGCGCCUCAGGUGAUUGAGCGGUUCAUGCGACACAACGAGGUCAGUGCCCAGACCCCGUCCGGGUUCACGUUGAUCGCGCUGUACAACUUGCUCGAGGAGAACUGGGGACACAAGGGAUUUCUAGACUGGUUGAUGUUCAUUCGCGCCGAGUACACGAGGAGAAGGGACAUCAUUGUCAAUGCGUGCGAGGAGCAUUUGCCCACAGAGGUGUGUUCCUGGGUCGCACCCAAGGCAGGCAUGUUUCACUGGAUCGGCGUGGACCUGACUCGUCAUCCGCUGUACAAGGCAAAGGGCGGAAAGAUUGAUUAUGCCACGCUCUUGGAGAUCGAGGACAGCGUAUUUACGACUUGUGCCGACCAGGGAGUGCUGAUUGCCAAGGGAAGUUGGUUCAGGGCGCAACGGGGUACCGAUCAUGAGUUGUUCUUCCGUAUGACGUUCGCGGCGGCUCCGGCAGAAAAGAUGCGAGAAGCGGUCGAGAAGGUUGGCGUCGCCAUCAGGAAAGAAUUCGAAAUGGACGGCGAGACGAAUGGACAUGCGAGAUGAGGCAAUACGUGAUGAAAUGAGCGGGUGGCAUACUGUACGGAGUAUUGUUCAGGGUACAUAAUAAGGAAGGCACUGUCGUGCAGUACAUACAGUAAAAGGGAAAUUUGGCCAAGUACUGUACAUCAAUAAGUGUUCAGGGCUCUAACAAAGCAAACAAAUUCAUUGAUAGACUCACGGGGACGGUCUCACU